AUGGGGCGGGGCACGGGCUUUAUCAAAAUUGAGCUUAAGGAUGUAUACUGGAUUGUUCCUGUACAUCCACAUGAUAUGUAUUUGCUUGCAAUAACUUGGCAGAAUGUCACUUAUCUUGAUCGUGCUCUUCCAUUUGGCCUCAGGUCUGCUCCCAAGAUAUUCUCUGCAGUUGCUUACAUGAUAGCCUGGGCUCUGCAUUGUUGUGGAUUACCACAGCAGAUUAAUUAUUUGCAUGAUCUUUUACUGUUUGUUCACCCAUCUGACCAGAAUGGGGCAGAGAUGCUUGUUAAUGCACUGCAGAUCUUGGAUGUCUUGGGUGUUCCUGUUGCUACAGUAACAACACACAAGGUCAAGGGUCCAUCUACAAGCCUUACCUUUCUUGGGAUUGUCCUUGACACCAUGUCUUUUCAACUUAUUCCAGCUGAUGAACUUCGUUGUGUCAAGGGUAUGAUGGCAAUGUGGCUAUCAAGGAAUUCUGGCACUCGCAAGGAGUUGGAGCGUUUUCUAGGACACUUGGUACAUGCAGCCACUUUGAUUCAGCUGGGUCGCACUUUCUUGAGGGAGUUGUUUAAGUUACUACACAAAGUCAAUAAGCCACAGCACUUCAUUCAGUUGACUACAACAGAAACAGCGGACUUGUACUGGUGGGAUUGUUUUUUGCAGAGGUGGAAUGGCCACUCAUUUUUUCUGGUUCCUGUACCUACAGUCCAUGUUUACAGUGAUGCCUCCACAACCUUCGGUUGCGGGGCCUUUGCCCAAGGCAGGGGUGGUUCUCCAUACCCUGGCUUCAUGGCUCAGACUUUCCUGGGAUUACUGCACUGGAGUCACAUGAACGUGGCUGCAGAUGCAUUAUCACGCAAUGAUUUACUGUCAUUCUUUUCUCUGUUUCCACUGACUCCCUGGUCCCCCAUACCUUCAGCAACUCUAGACCUUUUGGUUCGGUCACUGCCAAUUUGA